AUGUCCUCCAACGACGUGUUCGAUGUGUUAAAUAUCAACAAGAAAUCGUCGACGCCGGUUCCCGCCCCCUCUGCCGGUAACCUGGCCGGUGUGGCGGGCAGCACCAAUAAACCCAAACCACAAGUCACCGGGAUGCAAAGAGAACUGUACAGUUUAUUAGGUGAGAAUCAACCCCCAGUUAUGGUUGCUCAAACUUCUAGUCGAUUCAAGGAGAAGCUCGCAGGCAAGCCUUCGCCUUGGAGCAAAACAGACUUUUUCAAUGCUAGGAAGGAUAAUCCGUAUAAAUUGACCUUCCAGCACUGGAUGAAGGGUUCAAAGGAAUUGCUCGGUGAUGAGCCUCAGGAGUCCACUUUCUUAAAGUUUGAUCAACAUUUCACUCUGCCAACGUUUACCAAAGAGGAAUACGAUGAAUUUAUGAAACCGCAAAACGACAGUUCUUCAAACACUGAAGAAAAUGAAAACCGGUGGAGCUUCGAGGAGGUUGACUACUUGAUGCAGUUAUGUAAAAAAUACGAUUUAAGGUGGUUUGUGAUUGAAGAUAGGUAUAAUUUUGGCGAAUCGGUAAGGUCGCUGGAAGAUUUAAAAGAACAGUUUUACGAGGUCUGCAGAAGGUACUUCGAGAAUAAGGGCCCGGCGAUGCCACUAUUAAAAUCAUUGACCUUUGAUAAAUCGAAGGAGACAGACCGUAAGGCAUAUCUGCAACGUCUGCUGUCGAGGUCUGCGGCGGAAAUCGCUGAGGAGGAGGCAUUGAUAAUUGAGUCUAGGAAGUUUGAAAUGGCAGCUAAGAAAACUUUGAAUGACAGGGAGUCUCUCCUAAGACUACUGGAUUCUCCUAAUAGCAACAAGUCUGUGGUUCAGUACAUGACAUCCCAGGGAAUGUCACUGCUGUAUAGCAACAUGUUGAAUGAUAAGUCAAAGAAACGUAAACAUGAGGCCGGUGUUCCUGAGAACCCGUGGAUGAAACAGCAACAGCAAUUUGCACAGCAGAAGCAACAACUGCAACAACUGCACGAGAAAAAGUUGACUGCGGAACAGGGGACAGAUAGUGGUAGCGAGCAAUCACCUCGUAAGACGAAAAGACAGAAACAAGAGUUGCAAAAUGCAAUAAAGCGGAAGUCAGAAGCACAAUACGCCGAGUAUUUGCUUCAGAGCUUUACAAUGGAGGAGAGGAAGAACCUGGGGGUUAUUGCGCACGGCGAAAAAUUAUCGCCAGGUGUCUUCCUACGGUCCACAAAGAUAUCUACCUUCAAGCCGGCUUUACAAAAUAAAGUCUCUAGUACAAUGCAGGAAUUAGGAUUGCCGCUAAGGCCUGCAAUGCCGUCCUACGACGUGGUGCAGAAGGAGGAAGAGCUGUUGAAAGCUAUAGUCUCUCUCCUAGAGUUGAAGAAACAGCUCGAUAAGCUAGAGGCUGAGAAGGCUAUUAGGAGUUAG